CCGGUGAACGUUUCUUUUACUGUCUAUGUGAACGUGAGGCACGAGAAAUCGGGUUUGGGUCAGAGCAGGAUUGACAACAAUUAUGAGUGGACAGAGGGGGAUGCAGCGGUGCGGAAGAGUGUCCAGGAUGGGAGAGACCAUCUACUCAUGCAGGGACUGCGUUUCGGACCCCACCUGUGUGUUUUGUGAGGACUGUUUUCAGAACAGCGCACACAAAGCCCAUGCCUACAAGAGGCGUACGUCAACAGGUGGCAGCGCCUGCAGCUGCGGGGAUGUGGAUGGCUGGCGUAGCGCCCCCUACUGCUCAAAACACGCCCCUAGCCCCUCUGACUGGGAAACCCCUACCACAAGCCACUGGAACCAGGAGGAGAGUGGACAGAGGGGGAUGCAGCGGUGCGGAAGAGUGUCCAGGAUGGGAGAGACCAUCUACUCAUGCAGGGACUGCGUUUCGGACCCUACCUGUGUGUUUUGUGAGGACUGUUUUCAGAACAGCGCACACAAAGCCCAUGCCUACAAGAGGCGUACGUCAACAGGUGGCAGCGCCUGCAGCUGCGGGGAUGUGGAUGGCUGGCGUAGCGCCCCCUACUGCUCAAAACACGCCCCUAGCCCCUCUGACUGGGAAACCCCUACCACAAGCCACUGGAACCAGGAGGAGGUCCCCAGAGCACCAUUUAAAGGAGGAACUGUUUCCAUGAGGGAGCCGGUGUGUCUGAUUGAUAAUGGGCCUGAUGGGCGCAUGAGUGUCCAGCAGGGGGCGCUGAAGAUCCUGGAGCAGAUCCAGCAGCCGGUGGUGGUGGUGGCUGUGGUGGGGCUCUACCGCACGGGCAAGUCCUACCUCAUGAACCGGCUGGCUGGCAAACAAGCAGGCUUUGCUUUGGGCAGCACCAUCGAGUCCAAGACCAAAGGCAUCUGGAUGUGGUGUGUACCUCACCCCUCUAAACCAGGACACACCCUGGUGCUGCUGGACACAGAGGGGCUGGGAGAUGUGCAGAAGGGCGAUGAGAAACACGACACAUGGAUCUUCUGUCUGGCUGUUCUACUCAGCAGUACUCUGGUCUACAACAGCAUGGGCACCAUCGACAACACUGCCCUGGAGAAACUGCAUUAUGUAACAGAACUGACAGAGCACAUCAGGGUGAAGUCCAGCGAGUGUAACAGGAACACGGAGCUGAUGCGCAUCUUUCCGUCCUUCGUGUGGACGGUCAGAGACUUCACUCUGGACCUGGAGCUGAAGGGCAAAACCAUCACUGCUGAUGAGUACCUGGAGAGUGCCCUGAGGCUGAAACAAGUUAAUGCUGGCUCCCGUCCUGAAGUUGAAAAGCACAACAAGGUGCGUCAGAGCCUGAUGGAUUUCUUCGCUGUGCGACGCUGCUUCGUAAUGGACCGUCCAGCCAAUGGCAAAAUGAUGAAGCGCAUGGAGGAGCUGAAAGACGAUGACCUGGAUUCCACCUUCGUGCAGCAGGCUCAGGAGUUCUGCAGCUACAUCCACCUCAGCGCCAAGGUCAAGACCAUGAGAGGAGGCCGGGGGCUGACCGGCAGGAUGCUGGGCAGCCUGGCAACGACAUACGUGGAGGCGAUCCGUAGUGGGAAGGUGCCCUGUCUGGAGAGUGCUGUAGCGUCGCUGGCGCUGAUCCAGAAUGGCCGGGCCGUGAAGGAGGCGCUGGAGUUCUACCAGGCAGAGAUGGAGUGCAAAGUGCAGUUCCCCACCGAGACACAGGAGGCGCUGUCUACAAUCCACACUGCUGCAACCAAACAGGCCAUCAGCAUCUUCAUCAACGCAUCCUUCAACGAUGAGGACCAGAAACACCAGCUCCAGCUCAUGAGCAGCAUGGAAAAAAAGUAUGCCGAGUCCUGUAAGAAGAAUGUUAAAGUGUCUCGAAAGGUGUGCUGGUCAGUCAUCCCUCGUGUAUUUGCUUCUCUGGAUGCGGGACUGAAGGACGGCUCCUACAUGAGAUCUGGGGGCUAUGGAGAUUUCCGUCGUGCACUCGACAGAGGUGCUCAACUCUACAGAUCAGAGAAACGCAAGGGAGUUAUGGGUGAGGAGGUCCUGACAGAGUAUCUGAAGGAGAAGAACGUAGUUGGGGAGAGCAUCCGGGCUGCUGACCGCUCUCUAACUGAAGCCCAAAAGAAGAUGGAAGAAAACAAGGUAAAGCAGCAGGAAGCAGAGCAGCAAAGGAAACUUCUGGAACAACGGACCCAGAUCCAGCAGCAGGCUCUCAGUGACCUGAAGAGUAGCAAUGAGGAAAACAUCCGUCAGCUGGAGGCCAAGAUGGAGCGAGAAAAAAAGAGAUCCCAGGCCGAGAUAGAGCGGGUCCUGGCAGCUAAACUGAAGGAGCGGCGGGAGCUGCUGGAAAAUGGCUUUGCGGGACGUGCUAAGGACAUGGAGGACGACAUCAGAGAGCUGAAGAAGGAGCAGAAGAAAGAGCAGGAGAAGAAGCCGGGCUUCUGGGAAAAGCUGGGCUCUGGUCUGCAUUCAAUAGGAGAUGCAUUCUUUGGCUGGAUGUUUUAGCUCUGAGCAGGAUGGAGCAGGUCCUGGAAGAUCAUGUCCAAUGUAGGGGAAACUGCUCUCGCUCUCGUAGACAGUCUGCUGUGAGUAGAGAAGGUGGAAAACAUGUAAAGGCACUAGAAUGCGGGGCCGCAUAGGCUGUCAUUCAAACCUUGCCUAUCUUGUGCACAUAAAGCGCUUUUACUGUCACAAUUAUAUCACAAUUUUAUCAUGAGGUAAAGUGGCUUAUGUGAGUAGGUAUAAUGGUGUUUGUGAAGUUAAAUGCUGCAUAUAAGGUAUAUUGGUGCUUAUAAAGUAAAAUAUGUAUGUAAGUAGGCACAAUGGUGCCUUACUGAAGUGGUUGGUUCCUUUUUUGUUUUAGCAGGGUGUUUACCCAUUGCUUUUCAAACAUCAUAUAAUAUGAAUGUUUGGUUGUCAUUAAAAUACCUCACAGAAAAAUAUAUUUACAUAUACAUUGAGUAAUAUUUAAACCAAUGUCAAAGAUUUCCCUCACGGGAUCAAAAAGUAUAUACACACACUGAUUACACCAUGAAAUGCCACCCUAACUGGGAUGCAGACAUCAAUGGUUGACAUAACUGUUUGGUAAUUAUACUGACACUGUGUUUGAACUUCAAAAAUGAAUAAAGUAAUAAACAAUAUGGGCACAAGCAGGGCCUGUGGUAGA